AUUCCUCCCUCCGCAGGGCUGGCUCACCAGGCCCCAGCCCACAUGCCUGCUUAAAGCCCUCUCCAUCCCCUGCCUCACCCAGUCCCUGCUGAGGCUGAGCAGACGCCUCCAGGAUCUGUCGGCAGCUGCUAUCUGAGGUCACAAAGCUAAUCAGAGGUGGAAAUAGAUUCACCCCGCGCCUCUCUGAUCUCUGUACAACGGGGGACAGAGCUCUUCUGAGGAAGGCAGGCUUCCCUUUGCACCCGCACUGACUGUGUUCUCUUUCUGGAGGGAGAGCAGAGACCAUGUCUGACACGGAAGAGGUGGUGGACGAGUACGAGGAGGAGGAGCAGGAAGAAGCAGCUGUUGAAGAGCAGGAGGAGGGUGCUGAGGGUGGGGCUGAAGCAGACGCCGAGACCGAGGAGACCCAGGCAGAGGAAGCUGGAGAAGAAGAGGAAGUGAAGGAGGCUGAAGAUGGCCCGAUGGAGGAGUCCAAACCCAAGCCCAGAUCAUUCAUGCCCAACUUGGUGCCUCCCAAGAUCCCCGAUGGAGAGAGAGUGGACUUUGAUGACAUCCACCGGAAGCGCAUGGAGAAGGACCUGAAUGAGCUGCAGGCGCUGAUCGAGGCUCACUUUGAGAACAGGAAGAAGGAGGAGGAGGAGCUCGUUUCUCUCAAAGACAGGAUUGAGAGACGUCGGGCCGAGCGGGCGGAGCAGCAGCGCAUCCGGAGCGAGCGGGAGAAGGAGCGGCAGAACCGCCUGGCUGAAGAAAGGGCUCGACGGGAGGAGGAGGAGAACAGGAGGAAGGCGGAGGACGAGGCCCGGAAGAAGAAGGCCCUGUCCAACAUGAUGCAUUUCGGAGGUUACAUCCAGAAGCAGGCCCAGACAGAGCGGAAAAGUGGGAAGAGGCAGACCGAGCGGGAAAAGAAGAAGAAGAUUCUUGCAGAGAGGAGGAAGGUGCUGGCCAUCGACCACCUGAAUGAAGAUCAGCUGAGGGAGAAGGCCAAGGAGCUGUGGCAGAGCAUCUAUAACUUGGAGGCAGAGAAGUUCGAUCUGCAGGAGAAGUUCAAGCAGCAGAAAUACGAGAUCAAUGUUCUUCGAAACAGGAUCAACGAUAACCAGAAAGUCUCCAAGACCCGCGGGAAGGCCAAAGUCACCGGGCGCUGGAAGUAGAGCCCAGCCUCCUUCAUCAAAGAUCUCCUCCUAGCUCGCACCUGCCCUCCGCAUGCACACCCCAGCUCCCGGGCUCUCCUGGGACCCCAGGCAGCUCCUGCUUGGAAAUGGGGAGCUGUCUCAGCUGGGAGCCAGCACUCCUGCCUGCCCCUACACCCACUCCAUGCCAGUAAUAAAAAGCCACCACACACUGA